UAAAGCAAAGGGGCCUGCACGUCGGGAAGACACCCUAGUGUUUCUAAGGGUGAUCUAGGUGCGAAGGACAGCGCUCAAGCUAAGCUGGCCCACGGGGGCGUGCCUCGAGCUCGGGGCGGGGCCUAGAUCUUGGGGGUCGUCCUCGCUGUCUCGCCCACUUGCCUUCACCCGCACACUCGUUCUUUUCGGUUAUUUUCUGCUACGGCCGUUCCCCGCCCUGUCGUGGUCCACGGGGCGGUGGUCUGAUCUUUGGCCGGCUGUAGGAGUCGGUGAGUGGGGUCUACUGAGCGAAGGAGCCGGGGCGGAGCUUGAGGGAAAGGGGUGGAGCCUAAGUUAAGAGCUGUCACAAACGCCGAGCGGGAAAAGUUUAGACUUGAGGAUUUGCUGCUGUCUGAGAAGAGGGAGGGAUCCAAAUGAUCGACAGAGAGAGACGGUGGGUGAUCGGAGGGUUAGGACUGAAGGACUGGGGGAUUAGUUAGACUACAGUCCCUUGUAUUUGUUAGGCAGAAGCAGACCUGACGCGGGUGGGGGCGGGGUGAGGAUGCGACCGAUUCUUUGACAAUCGGGGGCGGGGCUUAGGCCGUAAGGACUUGGUUAGAGUGUUAGUUAGGAUAGAAACCUGAAUUCCUUGUUGGCUACUGGGCAUAACCAUCAUUACCGGUGUGGUUUAAAACCCAACAAAGAGGCUGGCGAGAACUGACCCCUGAAGCCUUGAAAUCCCGGGCGUGGCUAAAGUGUUAGGGAUGUGAUCUAAGCAAUCAAAUAGUCAGGGUUGGCACCUUAGUACGUAAAGAAGUUGGGUUCGAAGAGUGAACCGUUUUUGAGACCAUGGGGAAGUGAGCGUGACCAUGACGAAUCCGAGAACUGGAGACCAGGGCUGAGAGAAUAUUGGAGGACCGGACACACCAAUGCAGACAGGGACAGUCCGAGAACAGCCUGAGCCUUGGAGUCCCCGCAGAACCCGCCGACUGACUGGUGGAAGUUUAUUUAACCACAGUCUCCGACCUCCGUCGAAAAUGGGGAACGUGCAGUCGGAGCCUUCCGCAGGCGGGGGCUCCCGUAAAGAGCAGGCCUCAGACCGCGCAUCCGACUCACGCAGGACGCCUCUGGUGGAGCCCGAGGUGACCCCCUCAUCCCCAGCCAUGCGCCUGGCUCGAGGGCUGGGCGUCUGGUUCCCUGGCAGUUCCGGGCCCCCGGGACUCCUGAUACCCUCGGAGCCCCAGGCCUCACCCUCGCCCCUGCCCCUGCCCUUAGAACUGCCCUCACCAGUGACACCCCCUCUAGAGGAGGCGGCUACGGCGGCGGUCUCCACACCACCCCCGCCCCCUGUGGGGUCCCUGCUGCCCGCGCCAUCUAAGUGGCGAAAACCCAAGGGCACUGCAGUGCCUCGGAUCCGCGGCCUAUUGGAGGCGAGCCAUCGUGGUCAGGGUGACCCUCCGAGCCUCCGCCCGCUGCCCCGGCAACUGACCGAGAAAGAACCGGUCCCGAAGGCCCCAGCCCCACCUCCGACGCUCCUAGAGCCUCGGAAGCAGCUACCGCCAGCACCAGCACCGCCUUGCGACCCGCAGCCCCCUAGCCGGAGAAUCACUCUGGCCUCGUCGGCCACAAGCCCCACAGAAAGCCAGGUCAGGCAUAGCAGCGAGGGUCAGGCGGCCGGGGGAGCCCGCGGAGGGGCGCCGCCCCAAGUCGGAGAGGGCGAAAUGACUCGGUCUGCUACUUCCGAGUCCGGCCUGAGUCUGCUGUGUAAAGUCACCUUCAAGUCCGGGCCCCACUUGUCCCCCUCAUCGGCCUCGGUCCCCUUAGCAGCCAAACCCUCAGCUGGGACCGGCAGUGGCGGAGGACUGUUUGCCUCGUCGGGGGCCAUCUCUUAUGCUGAGGUCCUGAAGCAAGGGCCCCAACCUCCUGGAGCCACUCGUCCCAUGGGAGAGGUUCCUCGUGCAGCUCAGGAAACCGAGGGCGGUGAUGGAGAUGGCGAAGGGUGUUCUGGUCCCCCUUCGGCUCCUUCGGCUCCUGCUCCCCUUGCCCGGGCUCUACAACCACCCCCUUACAACACCACCUUCCCAGGUUCAAAGCCCAAAUUCGACUGGGUGAGCCCUCCCGAUGGCACUGAACGGCACUUCCGAUUCAACGGGGCUGCAGGGGGAAUCGGGGCACCCCGAAGGCGCACAACCACACUCUCAGGGCCAUGGGGCUCCCCUCCACCAAGGUCAGGUCAGACGCAUCCAGCUUCAGGGCCCCGGAGACCCUCACCUGCCUUGCUGGCGCCACCCAUGUUCAUCUUCCCAGCGCCCACCAAUAGCGACCCUGUACACUCAGUGCCUCCAGGUCCGCAGCAAAUACCUCUGUUGCCACCGCCACAACCCACACCACCAACCACUCCGCCACCGGCGCCGCCACCCACACCACAGCCACCAGCGCUCCCGAGGACGCCGAUACCGGUGGCCCGUCCGCCUACCCCAGGCCCUGGCCACGAGGAGUCAGCUUUGGCUCCCACCCCUCCCCCCUCACUGCCGGCUACCGCGGCUGCCGCCCAGGUCCCGCCCCCGCUCCCGGCCCCUGUUCCGGCUCCAACCCCAGCUCCAGCAACUCCCUCUGCUGAGCCGUCACCGCCAGUGCCUCAACCCAUCAAGAUUCGUACACGCAAGAACAAAGGUCCCCGAGCGGCUCGGAGUGUGAUCCGUGAAGAGGUUAUAUCUGGAGAUGGUCCUCGAGAACUGACUUCAACUCCGGUGACUGACAGUAACAGAGCGGGUGGAGGUAGCAGCAGCGGAACCUCCACAGCCGGCGCCCCUAACAAGGGUGCAGUGCGCCACUGGCCGCCUUUCGAGGUGCUUAAUUCUUGCCCCUGCAAGUGCUACUGCCGCCAUCAACCCCGUCACCGACGCCUGCCUCGCAACGUGUCUGCCUGGCUGAGCACACCCACCAACCACCUGAGUGAGCCGCCCUGGGUGGCCACCGUCAAGCUGGCUGGCUCCCUAGUAGCUGGACUGGAGCACUACGACUUGCAGGCCACCCAUUCCAACUGAGUGUGACCUGCCCAACACCCUCUGCCUCACCUUCCUUGCCAAUAAAGCACCCAGUCUACACA